AUGGUUUCCAUUGACCCCUUAGUUUUAAGGGGGGAUGUAAGUGGUACCGAUGAAAACAAAAACGAAGAAGAAAGAUGGGACACUAUUCCAAUGGUCACAAGCUCAACAUUUUACCAUGAAGUGAAGACAAGAAAGCGUUUCCGUUCACUGAAAGAAGCUAAGAAGUAUGUCAAAAUGGAAGCAAAUCAAACUGAGGAAACUCUGGAGGCCUCACAACCUGGUGGACAUUCUAAGGAUUCACAAAGUUCCAAGUCCUGUUCAAGCAACAUUUCCAAGAAGAAGAAUAAGAUCACUCAAACCUUCGACUUUGCAAACCCACCUGAAGCAAUAACAUGGGUUCUUAGUGAUGCUGAGAACAAUGACUGGAGCCCAUUCUCCGGGGAAACAAUGGUUCCAGAAAUUGUGAAGAACCAUUGGGCUGAGACAUUCAUUUGCAUCAAUGAGGAAAAUAACAAUCUAUCUUUCGUGUAA